CGUGCCGUGGCUGGCUCUUUUGACGCUCGUCGCAGGAGGGAUUGUCGUUCUGUUCAUACGGAGGCUGUACAAGUUUCAGACGCUCCAGAGGUUUGGACAUACCGUGCCACCAUAUACUUUGCUUCGAGGAAACUCUGCCAAACUCGUCGGUCCCACUGGCCCACAGGAGCUUCGACGCUUGUUCAAUGAGUACGGAGUGCAGUACGGAAGCCGAGGCAAGACGUUAGCGCUGUACAUGGGCACGAGGCCACUGUUGUAUACCACAUACCCGGACCUAGUCCGUGAGGUGCUUAUUGAGCGAUGCGAUAUCUUCCCCGACCGUCAUGGGGCCUUCAAGAGCCCGGUGCUCACUACCCCAGACAACAGUCUGCUAAGGCUGAGGGGCGAGCGCUGGAAGCAUGUCCGACGCGUGCUUAGUCCGACUUUCACCACCUGGAGGGCUUGGUUGCUGCUGGCGGCGCAGCGCGCCGACAGCAGCAACCAAGCCCUCACCGAAGAAGAGCUGCUCUCCAACGCUUACGUCUUUAUCGGCGCCGGCUAUGAGACGACGAGUACGGCGUUAGCAUUCACAUCUCACUUGCUGGCGCGGCACCAGGCCGUGCAGAGCCGUCUGUACGAUGAGAUAGCGGCUAACGUGCCGGCUAGCGGCGACCUUGACUACGAGGCCGUGCUCGGCUUGCCCUAUCUGGAGAUGGUGAUCCAGGAGUCACUGCGUCUCUACCCACCCGUGGAGAAGUUCGGCCGGCAGUCGAACGCCACGACGGAGGUACAGGGCGUACGCAUCCCACGCGGCACAUUCCUGGCUGUGGUGCCACUCCGCAUGCACUACGACCCGGACCUGUGGCCCGACCCGGAGCGGUUCGACCCGGAGCGGUUUAGCGCCGAAAACAAGCCGCGUAUCGUGCCUUGUAGCUACAUGCCGUUCGGCUCUGGGCCGCGCCACUGCAUUGGCAAGCGAUUCGCCCUGAUGGAGAUCAAGCUGGCGCUGUGUCACGUGCUGCGCCGGUACCGUCUGCUGCCGACCAGCGAGCCGCUGGAGCUGGCUGUGGUGCCGCCGUCUCUUGCGCCCGCCUCCGGCCAGAUCAACUUGCGGGUCGAACUGCGAAGGUGCUAUAGCGAUGGGGCCGCGGGAGGAGUGUAGAAAGGGUGAGAAUGAAGGGGAAGGGAGUAAGGGAUGAGGAGAGGAGGUAAAAAGCGAGUGAUAAAGGAUGGACGGGAGGGAACCAAUGAGGCUCAUGUGAUGAGGGGAGAGAUUGGUGGAUGGGAGGAUUGGUGAUGUAAGGAAGUGAUGAAUAGGACGUACGGUGAAGCGAGGUUCUCAGGGGGAGACGUGAUGGAUGCGGUGAGAAUGGAAAAGAGUGGAAAAGCUGUUCAGGAAUCCAUUGCAAAUAAUUCGACUCUUCAAACGCUGCCUUAUUCAGUAUCAUCAUUCAUAUUUCUGGAGAUUCGAUGUGUGCUUCGAAUGCAGCUCUGUACGGAUAUAAUUGGAUACAAUACCGUAUGACUGUGCCUUGUGAUAAUUGGGACCAGGCUGCAACUUCGAUGACGCCGAACGGCCUUCUUGUUUGCCCAAGCUGGAAAGGAAAACGAUCCCAUAAUUGACCUGGCUGGAGGUAAGCCAGGAAAGAAUGCAUUCGCGCGGGAAAUGUAGGCAUUGCAAGCGAUUGUUUUUAGUUUAGUGUAUUGACAUUGUUUUCAUGCCUGAAUUGCUUUGUCGCGCGAGGUGCCUCAUAACAUCUAUAGUGCAUUUGCACCAAUCUCCAUUAGAAACGAUUUUUGGUUGCCUCUGUUGGACAAUA